UAAACUAACUCAUGCCCAAAGAUGUCUCAGAGGGACUUUUCUUGCCAUCCCCUUCUGAGAAGUGAAGGUUGCUCUGCACAUCAAGGAGAGCCUUUGGGUUUGUUGGGAACAACGUUUCAGCACAGAGACAAAACGGGCUCACAAUACAAAGCAGUGAAAGAAGGAAAUGGUCCCCACCUUCUCCUGGUUGAUACUGGUGGGAAAUUCUGGGAAAGAACCCGACAGAACGUCCCGGAAGGAGAAAGCACCAGUUUUGUGGUGCAACAUCGCCAGUUCAGGGAGCUCUGUUACCAGGAGGCUGAGGGGCCCCGAGAAGUUUGCAGCCGACUCCACCGCCUUUGCCGCCAGUGGCUGAGGCCAGAGAAGCACACGAAAGCUCAGAUGCUGGACCUGGUGGUCCUGGAGCAGUUCCUGGCCGUCCUGCCCCCGGAGAUGCGGACCUGGAUUCGAGAAUGUGGGGCGGAGACCAGUUCCCAGGCGGUGUCCCUGGCGGAAGGCUUCCUGCUGAGCCAGGCAGAGAAGAAGGAGCAGGGAGAGGUGCAAGAUUUGGUCACUGAAUGUUCUGAGGUGAGAGGGGAUCUGUUAAAUUCUUCCCAGGAUCCAUUCUUUGGCGGGAGCUCCCAAGAGGAUCCAAAGCAGGGCACAUUGCCAGAGAAUAGAGCAAUGUACCAGUUCCUACACUGCGAAAUGUCUCUUUUUGGUGGACCAGAAAUAGAAACUAUGUUUCCAGCUCAGGGUCCCAUAUCCUUCAAGGAAGUGGCUGUCUGUUUCACCAAGGAGGAGUGGGCUCUGCUAGAUCCUGAUCAGAAAGCUCUCCACCAGGAAGUCAUGCUGGAGAUGUCUAGGAAUGUGGCUUUGUUGGGCAACACGCAGAAGAAUGAGAAUUACCAGGAAACAGGGGUGGUGCAGUUGCAAGUCAUCAAGGAUGAAAUAGAAGAGACACUGGAAAGCCAAUCCCGAGCAAAAGGUCAAGAGGGAAUCCAUUUAAAUUAUUCUAGAGGAACAAAUCCUCCUUUAUAUUCUGAAAAUUAUGAUUUCUUGACCCAAGAAGAUCAGAAACAAAACACAAGUAGACAGUCUUUAGGCUGUAUAAAUAUACUUGAAGAUCAGAUAGUUUUAAGUAAACAGUGUGACUGUAGAGAAGAUGGGAAUAUGUAUAAUCAAGGAGGUAACAUGGGAGAGGAAAUAUUUCAACACAAUGAAUGUGGAAAAAGCUUUAUUCAGAGCAGUCACCUUAGAUCCUACAUAAAAAUCAGUGCAGGGGAGAAACCAUAUAAAUGCAUCGAGUGUGGGAAAUGCUUUGGUAGCUCCAGUAACCUUACUUCCCAUAAAAGCAUUCAUACAGGAGAGAAACCAUAUAAAUGCAUGGACUGUGGAAAGUGUUUUAGGAGUAUUUAUAAACUUAUUUCCCACAAAAGGAUCCACACAGGAGAGAAACCAUAUAAAUGCAUGGACUGUGGAAAGAGCUUCAAUAACUCAAGUAACCUUAUUUCCCAUAAAAUCAUCCACACAGGACAGAAACCAUAUAACUGCACAGAAUGUGGAAAGAGCUUCAGUCUGAAUGGUCACCUUACUUCCCAUAAAAGGUCCCACACAGGGGAGAAACCAUUUCAAUGCCUGGAGUGUGGAAAGAGCUUUACUCAUAGUGGCAAUCUUACUUCCCAUAGAAGGAUCCACACAGGAGAGAAACCAUAUCAAUGCAUGGAGUGUGGAAAGUGUUUUAGGAGGAAUGAUAAACUAACUUCCCACAAAAGGAUUCAUACAGGGGAGAAACCAUUUCAGUGCAUGGAAUGUGGGAAGAGUUUUACCCAAAGGAGUGCACUUGCUUACCACAGAAGGAUCCACACAGGGGAAAGACCAUAUAAAUGCCUGGAGUGUGGAAAAAGCUUCACUCAAAGUGGCCGACUUACUUCCCAUAAAAAGAUCCACACAGGGGGAAAACAGUAUAACUGCCUGGAGUGUGGAAAAAGCUUUACUCAAAGCGGCCGACUUACUUCUCAUCAAAGGGUCCACACAGGGGAGAAACCGUAUAAAUGCACUGAGUGUGGAAAGAGCUUCACUCAGAGUAAUCACCUUACUUCCCAUAGAAGGAUCCACACAGGAGAGAAACCAUAUCAAUGCAUGGAGUGUGGAAAGUGUUUUAGGAGGAAUGAUAAACUAACUUCCCACAAAAGGAUUCAUACAGGGGAGAAACCAUUUCAGUGCAUGGAGUGUGGGAAGAGUUUUACCCAAAGGAGUGCACUUGCUUACCACAGAAGGAUCCAUACAGGGGAAAGACCAUAUAAAUGCUUGGAGUGUGGAAAAGGCUUCACUCAAAGCAGCCGACUUACUUCCCAUAAAAAGAUCCACACGGGGAAAACAAAACCAUAUAAAUGCACUGAGUGUGGAAAGAGCUUCACUAUGAGAAGUCAACUUACUUCCCAUAACCGGAUCCACAAAGGGAAGUAACCCCCUAAGUGUACAGUAUGUGGAAGGAGCUUCAACUAUGCCAGUAAACUUAUUUCUCAUAAACAGAACCACACCGGAGAGAAUCCAUAUAAAUGUAUAGUGUGUGGAAGGAGCUUCACGAGGAACGAUAAACUUAUUGCCCAUAUUAGAAUUCACACAGGGGAGAAACCAUAUAAGUGCAUGGAGUGUGGAAAAAGCUUCACAAGGAACGAUAUACUUAUUUCCCAUAAAAGGAUCCAUACGAAAGAGAAGCCAUAUAAAUGCAUGGAGUGUGGAAAGAGCUACAGUCACUCCAAAAGCCUUAUAUCUCAUGAAAGUAUCCACAAAGGGGAGAAACCAUAUAAAUGCAUGGAGUGUGGAAAGAGUUUUAGCCAGUGCAGUAGCCUUAUUUACCACAAAAGGGUCCACACCGGGGAGAAACCGUAUAAAUGUAUGGAGUGUGGAAAAAGUUUCACAAGGAAUGAUACACUUAUUUCCCAUAAAAGAAUUCACACAGGGGAGAAACCAUUUAAGUGCUUAGAAUGUGGAAAGAGCUACAGUCACUCCCGAAGCCUUAUUUCUCAUGAAACUAUUCACAAAAGGGAGAAACCCUAUCAAUGCGUGGAAUGUGGAAAGAGCUUCAGCCGAUGCAAUAGCCUUACCUCUCAUAAAAGGAUCCACACAGGAGAGAAACCGUAUCAAUGCAUGGAGUGUGGAAAAAGUUUCAAUCACUCCAGCAACCUUAGAACCCAUAAAAGUAUCCACAAAGGAGAGAAACCACAUAAAUGCAUGGAGUGUGGAAAGAGCUUCACAAGGAGCACAGAUCUUACUUCCCAUAAAAGGAUCCACACAGGGGAGAAACCCUAUAAAUGUAUGGAAUGUGGAAAGAGCUUCACUCACUCCAAUACCCUUACCUCCCAUAAAACCAUCCAUACGGGGGAGAAGUCAUAUAAGUGCAUGGAGUGUGGAAAGAGCUUCAGUACAAACAGUUCUCUAACUUCCCACAAGAGAAUCCACACAGGGGAGAAGCCAUAUAAAUGUGUGGACUGUGGAAAGAGUUUCAGGACAAGCAGUUAUCUUACUUACCAUAAAAGAAUUCACACAGGGGAAAAACCGUAUCAAUGCAUGGAGUGUGGAAAAAGGUUUAAUCAUCCCAGCACCCUUGCUUCCCAUAAAACAAUCCACACAAGGGAGAGACAGUAUAAAUGCCUAGAGUGUGGGAUGUGUUUUACUCAGAGUUGUCACCUUACUUCCCAUAAGAGAUCCACAAUGGGGUUUAACUAUAUAAAUGCAUAAAAUGUGGUAAGACCUUUCAUGCUUGUGACCUGAUAAAGUGCAUGGAAAAGAAUCUGGAGGCCUUCAGUUGAGAACACUCAUUUUACUUGACCUCAAAAAGAGAUGACCACAUAGGUUAGAAAGUUGAUAAUAUUCCUUUCCUGAGGUUAUACAUGGCCUUUGAUGCUGAGCAGUGUUCAGCCUUUCAAACACUGGGUGGUCCAGGAAAAAAUCUAAAUGAUUUUCUUUCUCUUACCAUUUAACUUUAUUAAUAUGAAGAUCAACAUGUGAAGUAUACAUGUUGUAUACAUGCAUACAUUUACUCCCUUGUAUUGUCAUUGAUUUCCCUUCUCAUGUUAAGAGUUACGGGCUGAUGAUCAACAUUAUGAGGGGCUUUGGGGGCCACACCCAACAUUUCCAAGGGCCCAUGUGACCCUUUGGUUGUGCAAAGUUUACCCUCAGCUCUUGAAUGAUAGGGUUGACCCUGCUUUGAUGCGUUUUUUCCCCAAGCAAAGUGUAAAGUGCUAGAGAAAUCACAGAAAGCAAAAGUGUUUUUCCUCAGUGUGUUUCAUAAAAUUAGUCUUAGGAAUUACAAAUUUGCUUGUACUUGAAACCAAAUGAUGUGUUCUUUAAACAAAAGUGAUUGACUCACAAACUUACCUCAAAAUUAUAGAAGAAUUUAAAGUUCCCAAAGAGCCAACUUACAUUGCUUAUGCCAAUUAAAGAUAAGAAAGAUGAGAAUGCUUGUUGAAUGUUCAUAAUGUUGCCUUUUUAAACAUGAUGAUGAUGAUUAAUAUGUUUAGGAGGAGAAUUCAUAGAAAUGAACGGGAUAUGGAAAAGCCUUCCAACACUGCAGUGACUUUAUUCCAUACAAAGCAAACUAUUUAGAAAUAAGGCAUGGAAAGAGACAGUAUUCAAAUUUAUUGUUACAACAAUUCAGAGGUCCAGACCCAAAAAUGUAUGGAAUGAAGGAAAAGCUGCAGUGAUAGCAGAAUCGCAAGGCCUUUGUAGCCUCAGAGCCGGAUUUCUGCAGUGCAAUCCAUAUACAAUUGAAGAUGGUCUGCAAACUGCUUUCGGUGCAGAAGAUGGCUGCCUGAUUAUUAAAUUGAUUGAUUGAUUAUCUGCCAUCAAGUCAGUGUUGACUCUUAAUCACAUAGAUUUUUUCCAUGAUGAUCUGUCCCUAACCUGGUCUCUCAGAUCUUCCCUCAUUAUUAAAUGGGACCACCUAAUACUGGUCCUGAGGCCACCAGAAUUAAUUUAGAGAUAUUAAUCUAAAAAGGCCUACCUGGCUUAAGUGCUAAAAAAGGUGGACUUGAUCAAUAUCAUUCAGCAUUUGCAGGAAGAUCAGCAGGUUGGUUAAGCUCCUCCUGAAGGCAUCAGGGCCAAAGCCGCCUCCUGAAGGAAGUGCAGCUUAUUUUUAGAUAAUACAUUUCUAUUUGCCCAGACAUUUGUAGAACAAGGUGCCCCAGGACUGGCCUCUCUCUACUGAGCCUUUUUGAGAAACAUUGGUUUUGUUGCGAUAAUACUGCUUCAGAUGGCCUGCUUUUUGUUUUUGCUAACAGUAUCAAUAAAUGAAUGGAAUCUUUGAAUCAUUAGUUUCAAACUGAUCUUAGUAGGUUGGAGAAAUAGGCUGAAAUAACAGAAUGAGACCAUGCAAAGUUCUUCACUUAGGAAAACAAAAUAUACAGAUAUAAAAUGGGGAUAUUUGAUUUAGUAAUUGAAAUUUUUGUCCUUUUUUUUUAUACUAAAGAGUCUCAUAUCUCCAGACACAGAGGCUUAUUUUCUUUGACAAGGGGGUUCAUUAUUCACUCUCUUUAACAAUUUGACCUUCUGUUUAUAAUAUCUGUUAUUACUUUGACAUAUUUCAUGAAUAUAUAACUUUCAUAAAACUCAAUUUUUU